CGGUCUGCAGCAACUCAAUAGUCAAAUGGAGUACAUUCUUGGUAUGAGGAUCACUGCUGUAAAGAGAAGGAAGGAGAGAGUCCACAAGAACAGAAGUACAUACCUCUCUCUCACAGAGGAGGAGUGUCUGCAGAGUCUGCAUCUCUCCCGUGAGGUGGUCAAUGAGGUGUGUCACCUACUGGCCGAGGAUCUGUCCUCCAAGAUUCCAUCCUUCCCCUACUCCGUCCCCGUCGCAGUGCGGGUCAUUUCUGCUCUGCAUUUCUUUGCCACUGGUUCUGUUCAGAAUCCUCUGGGUUCUACAGGAGGCAUCUCUCAAACCACCGUGAGCGGCGCCAUCACAGCCGUCUCCAAGGCCCUGGUUCAGCGCGCUGCAAACUUCAUUGUAUUUCCCGACACACACGAGAGUCAAGCCGACGUGAAGAAGCAGUUCAAGGAGAAGUUUGGAGUGCCCCAUGUCCUCGGUGUAGUCGACUGUGCUCAUGUGGUGCUGCGUGCUCCGGUUGGCAAUGCUCCACCGUACGUAAAUAAUGAAGGAACUCACUCCAUCAGUGUUCAAAUCAUGUGUGAUGCUUCCUGUAAAAUAACACAAGUAUCUGCUGAUUUCCCUGCUACAACUCCAGACUCCUCCAUCUUGGAAAAAUCUGUGAUUCCUUCCAUCUUUGAGAAAGAGCCUGCUCCAGAUGGAUGUCUGCUCGGGGACACGGCCUAUCCUCUCAAACCGUGGCUGAUUACGCCGUUUAUCAGCCCCAAGACCAAACCAGAGCUGUUAUUUAACAUAUUUCAUUUGGACACGUUCAGUGCAAUGGACAGAACAGUCGGGAUGUUAAAAAAGCGAUUCAGAUGCUUGGACAAACCACCUCGCUCACUACAGUACAGCCCAGAGAAGGUCGGGAUGUUCUUUGUGGCGAGUUGUGUGUUACAUAACAUGGCUCUACGUCAUGGAUGUGUUGAGGAUGUGGACGAGGAAAUAAUAAAGAGAGUUAGAAGACUGGACACUGCCAUGCACCUGCCCCAGACUGAACUAAAAACAGAGUCUGCAGCAGAGCAGAGAAGAGCUGAGCUGGCACAGGAGCUGUGUGACAAAACUGUCUUGUCUCUUGAUCGUCACAGUUUCAGUCUGGGCCAACGACAUCCAGCUGUGAGCGUGUGUGAAGACUCAUUUCCACGUGAAACGACAAUCCCAUUUAACAGCUCCCGUUCCGCACUUGGCCCGUACAAAGCGUCCUACAUCCGCCAGAAUGACAGCCUCGGCGAGGACGAGGCGUUGGAGGAUGGAGACGGAGGUGCUGAGUGGGUGAUGGAGUAUGUUCCUGUCCAGAUGGUGGCGCAGUGGGGAGACCGCAACAACGCAACGCAGGUGAAGAAGAAGUCUCGACAGCGGAUUUAUGUCCAGAGGAAACUCGCCACGUCGCCCAAAAUCCUCAGAAACUUCUACAGCUGCAUCACCGAGUCCAUCCUGACCAUCUGCGUCACGGUGAAGGUCCUAAAACGCCUGCAGAGAGCGAUAAAGACCUCCACAAACAUCACCAGGACUCCACAAACAUGCUCUGCGGAACAUCCACCAUCGCAGAGUCACACAGGAGAGCUGCCUCCAUCUUCAAUGACCCCACCCACCCCCAGCAAAAGAGCUACAGAAGUGUGA